ACAGUGCUGGAGACGCGGGGCACAUCAAACUGUCCUGUCCCGUAACUUUUGUGAUAUUCACAUAGCGGACCGGACACUUCUCGAGAACAGCAAAGAGAGAGUUGGCACUUACAUGUAAGCACAGGGCAUAGUGGACAGUCUACAGGAGAGCCUAAACUGGAUUAUUAUUGACUGGAUUUUUUCCAAGGCUAAAAUUAAAAAUGGAGGGUUUUUCAUUGUCUUUCAUCAUUUUGUGCAUCUUGGCAGUUAGUGCUGCUGACGAGGAUGGUCCAGUGGUACAUCUUGGCCAAUCAUCAGCUGUGAAAGGGUUCAUCACGCGGGCAGUUGACUCCCAGACACCAGUCUACAACUUCCGCAGCAUCUACUAUGCAGCGCCCCCUACUGGCAAACGGCGCUUUGCACCCCCAGCACGAAGGAAGCCCUUUCAGGGCCUGUCUGAUGCCACCAAAUUUGGGCCGCUCUGCCCCCAAGAUAUAGAGCUGACGGUGAAGGCAUUCGCUGGGCUGCCCAUGCCGACAUGGGAAAUGAGCGAAGACUGCCUUCACCUCAACAUCCACACCCCGUCCUUGGAUGUGGAGGCAAAACUGCCCGUCAUGGUUCACUUCCCUGGGGGUGCCUUUGCCAACGGGGGCGCAGGUUUCUAUGAUGGAACAGCCCUCGCCGCCAACCACCAGGUAGUUGUAGUGACAGUUAACUAUCGGCUUGGUGCACUGGGCUUUCUGAGCACUGGCGACUCAACAUUGCCGGGGAACUACGGCCUCUUGGACCAGGGAGCGGCCCUACGCUGGAUAGCUUCUAACAUCAAGAAGUUUGGCGGGGACCCCCAGACCCUCACCAUUAUGGGGGAGUCGGCGGGUGCCAUGAGCGUACACUUCCACAUGCUCUCCCAUGUCAAUGAGAAGCUCUUCCGACGGGCCAUCGCCCAGAGUGGAGCUGCCAAUGCGCCCACCGCCCUGGUGCGUGACCCCAGGGAGCUGGCUGAGAAGCUGGCCAACGCUUUCCAUUGUCCCACCGAGAAUGCCCGGGCUAUGGUAGAGUGCCUUCGCCAGAAGCCAGCUGACAAGCUCGGCAGGGUCCGGCUUACCAAACGCCCCAUUGAGUUUGGCCCUGUGGUAGACGGGUUCUACCUAAAGGACGACCCCAGAGCCAUCCAGUCAAAGUAUCAGCUCCCAAGGAAGGAACUCCUGACGGGCUUUAAUAGUGAUGAGGGAGGACAGUCCAUUCUAGACACCAGAGGAACAAAGGAUUUUUUUGAAAAUCUCUCAGCAAAGACAUUUGACACUUUCCUAGAAGAACUGCUCUACCUCACGGUCCCGAAAGAUUUGCCAGUCAAGCCCCUUGCCCGGGCCAUCACCAAGAUCUAUAUAGGAGACAGGUCACUGAAGGACGAUGAUGAGGCCAGGCAGACCAUCUCAGAUAUCGUCACUGACAGCAUGUUUGUUUCGCCAGCGAUAACCACGGCAAACACACUCAGCCACAAUGGACUGAGCAUCUUCCUGUACGAGUACAAGCACCGAUCCUCCUUCUCGAGCCUCCCCCCUUGGGCCAAGGCAGACCACGGGGAUGAGGAGGCCUACGUCUGGGGUGAACCAUUCAUGGAAGGCAGAGGGGUGGAGCCCGAGAAGUUCACGGAGGAGGAGAAGGAGUUGUCUCGGACGAUGAUGGUGUACUGGACUAACUUUGCCAAAUACGGGACUCCGAAUGGGCUUUCUGGGGCUGAUGAUGACUACCAUCCCGUUCCGCUCUGGCCCCAGUACGAACGCAGUGAGAAGAAAUACCUCAAUCUGGGCGUGAGUCCCUGGGUAUCCCAGGGUGCCAAGGCGGAGAAGGUGGACUUCUGGAACAAGCUUUACUCCUUCUGGAAGUUGGGCAGACGGAAGAAGGAUGAACUAUAGCGAGUUUGGCCGUUAGUCAGGAGGUAGGAAGGGGUGUGUCAGAGUUCCUUUGAAGAAUUUUAUUUUGCUCUACAUCUUGUUUAUGUUUCUCUCCAAGGAUCUUGUAUUCUGGAAUAUACGUCAAGGUAACAUAUACCUCACAAUGCUUCACUUAAGAAGUCUGUUACCCUUUCUCUUUCCUGCAGGGCUAAGAAUAAAAUGCUGUGUCAGUGGGGAAUCUGGGUUUUUUUCAAAGGGGGGGAUUUGCCAAGUUUUUAGUCAGGCUUUGCAUAAAGGAUUGGGUUGAGUGUUGUAGGUAACAGUAUCUCACAAUCCCUGUAUUUGUAGAGUGCCUUAUUGCCUAAGGAUUCAUAGCACUGAAACGAUGAUAACCUGUGUUGAUUGGGUCAUCAUAUCAAAUCUCUGCAGCUGUGCGCAACACUUCAACCUAUAACCUCAUGUGAUGAUUGAAGAAGUGCAGUAAUGUUUGAUGCUGGGGUAAGAAUGAAGGAAAAAAAAACACUUUUUGAUAGCAAUCCUGUGGUUUUUGCAGCCAAGGUAUGUCACCCACUGUUCUUGACCAGAAUGCUAGAGCAGAUCAAAGUCCAGACAGUGUCCACAUAAGUCACCAAAAUCACUAAACCUCAACAAUGUUGGACAUAUGCAGGGUGCAUGGUUUCAACCAGAGUUGUUAAGACUCCAUCCGUGUUGAUUAUUAGUGCCAUCCUUAGCACGACCAACUUCCAUACCAGUUGGAUCACUGGCCAGCCUAGCCAUUUUAAACAGCUUGUAUGGUACUCGUGAGGUAUCAUUAUGAUCAGUUGGACUAAAACGUAAGGAUUUAAACUCCAGUAAAGCAGGACUGAUAUGGGGUUUCCAGCUGGAAAACAUUAAAAAAUCACAAAUUUCAGCGAAAUGCAUACUUUUGGAUUCUGCACGUAUACAUAUUUUAAAUACAUCUGUUUUCUCACAAGUUGCUCAGGAAUAUAGCCAGAUGUUGUUAGUAUGCCCUAUUUGGCAAUGGUGGCAAUUGACACCUGGACUGUGCCUAACAGCUUUUAUGAUACUGCAGUGGUUUGCUUUAAUGUAAUAUUAGAUUAGUAAAUUAUGUAAAGAAGGUGAACUUUGACCAGGACAGCUGAAGAGUGUCAGCUGAGCUCGAGACGUUGAAUGAUGUGAAGGGCCAAGUUGCUGCAUGGUGGCAAAUCUGUAAGCAGUUUAAAGUGGCAUUACUGUCUGGUGCUCUGUUCGGCGGUCACGUUUCGCCAGUCGUUUUGAUACUUUGUUAUUAAGCUGUUUGAGAACAAUCAACAAGCUCUGCCCUGAAACGUGACCCAGGUUGUCUCGAUAAAAUCUACAUGAAAAGAUGGGUUUUGUGCAAAAUAUAAAAUCCUAGUGAUGCAGUAUCACAGUACAGCUGUUGAUGCUGUAAAAAAAACUGUUUUAUUACCAUUGUUUAGUCUGUUGUAUGUGUGACAAGAGUGAAUGCCAAAUAUGCAACUCCUUGAUAUGUUGGCCAGUAGAUGUGAUUAAAAAUCCACCUUUGGUAAAUGCCCUGUGAUGUCAAAGUUGCAUUGUGCUUUAGCUACGAAUAUGAACUGGCUUUUUUCCAGAGUAUGUUUUAUGGAUGUGUAUUCUCAGGGAGAAAGUAUUUUCUUAAAGCUUCCCAAAUAUUAAAUUAUGUUCAUGUCAAAAGGCAAUUAAGAUUGAUUCACUUGGUAUUAUAUCCCUGUUUAGGAUCUCAUCAUUUUGAGAUCACUAUCCUUUUAAAAUACAUGUUAGUGAAUCAUCAAGCCUAUAUUCUAUGUUAUGAAGAUAUUGUGGUCGUUCUGUAUUUUCAUUAUUCCCCAUUCAGUCCAACAAUCAAGUUGUAACUGAUUCCCCUGUCCGGUGACAAUGGAUGAGCCCCCUUACACCGACGCUGCUUUUGCCAUUGACCCAUUUGUUAUUUUGCUCCAGAAUUUAGACUUUGGGAAAUGUAUAACACAGGCAAACACAGGAAUGUCAAAUAUGUCAAGUUGAUGUAGGACAUUCCUGAUCACACCAUGACUAUAAUAGACACAUGUAUACUCACACUAUAAACUAUAGUAUAUUACAAUGCACUUUGUGCGUGCAUUGUAUUUGAAUGCAACUGUACAUGUAUCAUUUUUGUGUACCAGUGUACACAUUACACACAAUUGUUUAAAAAAAUAAUAAAGAUGUUAACACUCUAAACCUGCAAACAACAUUCUAUUACAUUAAUAUGUGUCUAUUACAUUAUAAAUUACAUUUUGUUUUCAGUGUAAAAGAAAUAUGUUAAGUGUAGAAUGAGAUUCACGAUGUAUUCUUUGAUGACAUUAAACAGGCCACUUACUUGCAUGCUGAUGGGGGGUUGACAAAGGGAAUGGGGUUAUCGGCGAAUGAGGCCUACAGUUUAUGGAAAAAUAAUCAUCUUCAAAUGUACUUGAAGAUUAUGUCACUUGAAAAUUAUGUCACUGGCGGUUACAGGUUCGAACCCUGUUGAAGUAACUUGAUGUCUUCUUGCAGGCCUUCUGAGUAACAGAACCUUCUUUCAAUUCCCCGUCUCUGCAUGGACGCUAAAAUCACAUCAUUUCAAUUGCAUUCUGUGCAGUUGAAUUAUUUAGCAGGGAACUCUCUCAAUUUAAGGGUCCAUGCAGUGUAAUUUGUGAAACGAAACGCUUUAAAAAUACACAUCUGUGUGCCACGUAGCCCUGUGUAUUACAGUAAGUUGUGAAAUAAGGGGUCUGCUGAGAUCUACGGGUACAUCACAGUUUUGGUGUUAGCGUACUUGUAAAUACACAAGUAAGGUAACGUUAUUCAUGAAAGCUGACAAAACCGGCAAAUUUAUACACAAUUCUGAAAGCAGAAGUCGGCCAUAAACCCAAACGUAUCAAAUACACCGGAAGAGGUCUUUGUUUUACAUUACAAGGAAAUAACCUGAUUCCCUCCCAAAUAACGGUACAUCUUCCUUGACUUGAAAUGUGAUGUAAAUUUUAUGGAAGUUAUGAUACAUCUACCAUCGGUUACAUAUAUACGCAAUUUGUCCUUCACACGGUACACCUCCGAUCUUUUUAUACUUUAUGUACGUUCAGAUUUAUUUAUAUCAACUGCUUACCCUUCAUAUCCUUGCUUUCAUGUCUGAAAUAUUUGGAAGACAGUUUGACUUUAAUUCAACUGCAUUAUAUAACCUCUGCCCUUGAACCCUUUUUUUUUCUUGACACUCUGAGAUUGCAUCGUUGAAAUAGUUCUUAAAGCCCCUCUCAGCCGCAUGCCAAAAGAGAAGGAUUCCACUGUUUGAUACCUCUUGUCUUUCCACGUCAAGUAUUAGAACGAGCUACACAUGAUCGUCCAUCUGGUUGGUAGGAAGGUAGGCGUACAUGUGCAUACAUUUACACGUACAUUGUAUAUCGCACUAGCCUUUAGCUCGUGGUUGAUGUUCUUCUCAACAUCCUGACCAUUCAUCAAACGCAAUACGAACCAUCAAUGCCACAGAUUAAGACAGUAUUACCACUGAAAAAAAGUAUUUUUGGAACAUUCUGGUUUUACACGAACAAAUACAUGAUGAUGAAAAUAACGGUAACCAUCAUGUUUUUAACUUCAAGCUAUAGGUUUCUGAGAACUAUAAGUUGGCUCAUGUUCACCGUUCAACCAUUUUGUUGUACAUGUACUAAGCUUCUGUAGUCAUUUAUCUGAUCUGAAAGUCUGUCUGAUGUGACCUUUCUACAAUGUAACCUUAUGACAAACUGCCUGUCAAUAAUAAUGUAACAUCGUCAACAGCAACGGUAGUACAACUCGAUGUGUGCUAACACUAACGUCGACAUUUGUUUGCCUUUUGAAGCGAGGGCGUUUUUCAAGUCAGUAAUUUGACGUAAACCGUGUUUACACAAAAACAUAAAAAGUGUACCCAACCAAUUAGCGCUCUCCUGUCGUAUAUCCGUCAUGCUUCAAAUGGGCUAAUUAGAAGUCUCCACCGCUAUUUAGCGCUAAAAGUUUUAACUUGAUAAGUUUCUAAAAAUAUCAUUUUUAAUUAACUGUUAUAAGUACCGUGGUAAAUCUACACUGUGUAGGUGCAAUCUGAGAAUUUUUUUCAGGAGCAAUUACAUACAUAUGAAGAGCUUAUCGUAACUUUUUGUACAAAUUUGAAAUUAUGAAAAAAAAAAGAUGGUAACAUUUUGCAGCUGUUGAUUAUUUGCUUUGUUUUGUCAAGAGCACACAGGUUUUCCAUUGUCGCGUUUGAGAGACCGACCGAGAUGAAUCGCCACUGAAAAAUGUUCACACCUAAGUAAUUUGAUAAUGGACAAACAAGUUGAAUUUACUUCACAGACGGCACAUAAUGAGGUCGCAGUCACCAAAGCGUUGAGGGGAAUAAUGAAAUAUGCUUGAUGUGGUAUUAAAUACUAUGCAAAGUUUUGAAGCCUGGCUCCAUGCGCCCAAUGUGGGUUUCUUCUGUUGUCCCGUUGUAUUCAGUAGGCCUAAUGUUAGAUUUUCCAGACCGCUGUUUGUUAUAAAUACCGUUGCGUGAAUGGUAAUAUUAGUUGUAAGGAGUGUCCAAUGAUUGAUUUUUUUAAUACUUUCGUUUUAUGUUAAUUCUUUUUAUCUCACCUUGAUUUAUACUGUAAAGAUUUGCAAUAACAAAAAGA